CUCCUCGUUUUAAAAAUCAGGAUUCUUGUUAUUAAACGUAGCUUAAGUGUCAAUCACUUUUCCCUGAGCUCCUCCUCUGCCCUGACGUCAGGGAGACGUAGCUACGUGUUUUCAGCGCACUCCGCUGUGAUUGGCCAGAUUAGCUCACGUGACUCGAACAUGACUUAUCACAGAAAAUUGCGAGGAGCAAAAAAACUCCGCCGAAACGUGUGCCGAGAGAGAGCGACGAUGACGUAACACCGUGGACCGUGCUGUGUUGUCACCAGCUGUUGGCUAAAAGAAGACGAAAGAAAAGUGGACGCGUCUCGAUGGAUUGCGUGUUCACGAGUGGACCGUAGGGCUUAGAGACACGUUCGGAACUGAAGGAGGGGAACCGGGCGACUAAUGGAAGCCCCGCAGACUCAUCAGCCGCGCAGGGAUAGUAUUAGUUACAUAACUGAAGCCAUCGAUAACGGAAAAACUGUGAUAACGGAGUAGUGCCCGUAAAGGUCGGAGUUGAAGCCAUUUUUCUCUGCAGAGACAGUUACACAGUCUUACCACCGCCAUCAUGAACGUGGGAACAGCACACAGUGAGGUUAACCCCAACACCCGAGUGAUGAACAGCCGGGGUAUGUGGCUGUCUUACAUCCUGGGCAUCGGCCUCCUUCAUAUCAUCCUGCUGAGCAUCCCCUUUGCCAGUGUGCCCGUGGUCUGGACCCUCACCAACCUCAUCCAUAAUCUGUGCAUGUACCUGCUUCUUCAUACAGUCAAAGGGACACCUUUCGAGACCCCUGAUCAAGGCAAAGCUCGCCUCCUUACACACUGGGAGCAGAUGGACUACGGUGUGCAGUUUACGGCUUCACGGAAGUUCCUCACCAUCACACCUAUUGUCCUGGUCUUUGAGAAAGCCAAGGACGGGACGGACAACAGGAGACGACUUCCCUGUAAACACUGCCCUGCUGCCAUUGAAAUGCACCGUGGGGUUUAAAGAGUUUGCCCCUAGACUUUCUUAAGCUCUCUCUACAGUUUAAUGACUGCUCUGUCAAACUCUAUAAAACAUCACAUUCAUAGUGAACAAAAACUAUUUAUGUUUAUUUUCUCUUACCUGAAAAAAGCGAUUUGAAUAUGAAGUCCAGUAAUGAGCUGGUGGGGUUAGUCGCCAUUGUAUCAUAUGACAAAAACAGGAGUUUGGACGUUCUUCCUGCACCUCUGUGGGUUUUCUGCAGGUACUCCAGCUUGUUCACUCAGUCCAAAGAAAUGCAUGCUAGGUUAAUUAUAACCUGUGUUAACCUGUUAACCUAUGUUAGUACUAGGAUGGACUGGCAGUCCAUGGUGUACCACACCACUCUGCCUGUGUCAGCUGGAAUAAGCUCCAUGGGAACCUAGUAUGAGAGACACUUGAGCAAAAAUGGAUGGAUGAUAUAAUUAACACAUUCUGCUUUCCAAAGUUGUUAACAACAUUUAGAGAGACCCCAUCCUUCUUAAAAUAUCUAUGCAUGCAUCUAUCCUCUGGUGCUUAUCUAGGUUCAGAUUGUGGGGACAGCAGUUUAAGUAGUGACCCAGACUCUUUCAGGUCAUUUUCCCAGCUCUUCAGGGGGGAAUCUGAAGGUGUUCACAAUCCAGUCUUUCCAGUUUACCAACAGAAACAAAAUUCUCAACCUAUUGCUAUGGGAGAGGCCCGCCACCCUUCAGUGGAAGCUCAGUUUCACCACCUGUAUCUCAUUCUUUCACGCAAGAGGAUAAAAAACUGCAACUUCAGCGGUGGAGGCAUUCCAGCAUGAGUCAGAGUCUAGUCAUGAUGUGGCUGUGGGCUGUCAGGAGACAUUCUACAUCUCUACACUAAAAGUGGGAUUGUUGUGACAUUUGAUUUUGCUGCAGGAAGCUUUGUUGUUCGAGUUUCAACACCAUCCAGUUUUGAAGCGAGUUGUUACUGGAAGCCUCUGUAGCAUUAAAGCUGCUCGACACUUAUUUGAAUACGAGUACAUGAAAGUUAAAUAAAAAGUCAAUGAAUGAUGUAUUAAUUUGUCAAUUAUUACUUUUCUGAUUGAAUAACCAGGUGGUUCUUACUCCUAUAAUCCCAUAUUGUUAAAGCUGCUGGUAUGUCAAGACGUCCUUCUGCUUUCACUCCCAAGUCAUCGAUCUUUAAGAUGACCAAGCACCUUUGGGUAACUAAAUGUAUCCAGCAAUUAAAAGCAAACCCCCCCCCAAAAAAAAAAUCACUGGGAAAAAAGUGAAACUGAGUGCUAUUGUCCCCUGGCUGAUAAUUAUUUCUUGUGCGUGAAGGCAAUGAUGCAAUGUCCAUAAUAGUGAGAUGCAUCUGAAAACACAGCAUUAUGUGAAGCCCCCAAAAAGAAUAUGCUGGAAAAGCACAAAUCUGUGUAUAACUGAUAUAAAUGUCAAUAAACAACUAAGAUGUCCAACUAUUUAUUUUUUAUGUAACUAGAUCAUCAUUUUUAAAGUACAAUAAUUAAAAAAACAACAACAACUAUUGCAUAUUUUAACAAAAAGCCCUUAAAAAGUCUUAAAUGUAAUUAGGUGCAGGAACACUGGGGGAUAUGCUUAAUCAGAUGAGCCUGGAUGAGCCCCAUAAACAGGAUAUUUCUAUCCAUGUUAACACACUCACUGAUCUAAAUCUGACUCUUGGCUGGUUAUAAAUUCCUCUUGUCUGUCUUCCCGCUCAUAACAAAAAAAUGAAAAUGAAUAAACUUGUAAUAAAGAACCUCGAAACAAAAGUGUUUAACUCAAGUCUGAAAUCCACUUUUGUGCCUUUAUAGACGAGGGCGUCCGCAGUGACGCCUUCAGAUGACGAAUAGUUUUUGAGCAUGAGCUGUCUGGCUUAUGUGGCAACUCAUAAAGCCUUACCCAGAUCUAUCACAUGUACUAUGAAUAUUCAUAAACUGUUCUUGUUUUACAUUAUUAACAUACUCAUUCCACCCAAUAAUAAGAUUUAUGAUGGCUUUGUGACACUCAGAGUUUAAAACCAGCAGUGGAAAAUUUGCUGGUCACCAUGGUAAUGCCACAUAUAUUAAGAAAAUGCUCCAGAAAUGCUGCAAUAAAUAAAACACAUCACGGCUUAAGAGACUGCUCUAAUUAGAUUUAACUUCACUGCAAUUUAGCGCUGCACUGCUGGGUAUUAAGCCAUGACUAAAUCUGAACACCCCUAAUUAAUUACCUAGGGCUUACUGAGCAUCUUGUGCUUGCUUUGUAUUUUUGUUUUGUUUAGUUUUAUUUUGCCUUUUCAAGGACGGUCAGCUGUAUUGUUCUCCCUCAGUCUAUGUCUGCGGCUGUGUUCGCUUCUGUCGUGUUGUUAUUCUCACAUUUUGUGGAGUAAAGAGAAAACAUGGAAGGGUGAGCUAACUGAGGAGGAGACAGGAGGGGAACAGUGUUUGUGGGUCACUCAAAACCACGUGACUGAAGGCAUUUUCAGGUCUGAGCAGAAUUCAUUAAGACCAACAAAAAUAGAAAAAGCAACAAAACAGCCUUUUUUAAUAGUGGACAUAAAGAACAUAACUCUAUAAAAUAAAAAUACAGAUUGCAGGAAUCCCUCCUCAGCUGUGUUAUUGUGGAUAACUGCUACACAAACACACAAGCCCGGUUGAGCAAUUUAAGUUAAUACAACCAAGCUGUGAAAGCUACAAUAAGGUUGAUGUCUGCACCGGCAGAUUACCAGCUACCGUGUUAACAUAAUGAGAAAACUAGAUGCAUUUGCGGUAUUGUUUAAUAGAAAAAAUGUCCUUACACUUGCACUGUAUGGUGUUUUUAGGAGGCACCAAACCUUACUCUGCCUGUAGUAAAAUAAACUACAGAUUCCUGUUAGCAGCAUGUAGAAUAAAUAACAAUAAAAAGCAAAGAAAUAGCAAACAAUACAACCAAAUCUAAAAAUACACUAUUCAAAUGUACAUGUUUUAUACAGAAGUGCUCUCUUUGAAGACUACCACAGUGCUAUUGUCCAAAUACUUGUAAAUCUAACCAUAUCCAAGCCUGAUUAUUGCAUCUGCAACUAAAUAUCUUCAAACAUCUUUUCAGACAAAUUUAGAUUAAAGUAGCAGCAGGACUAUAGAAAUUCUCCCCCUAGAAUUUCAUUUCAUUUCAUUUCUGACUCAAGGACUACAAACUGGAACGUGUGUCAUAAAAGCACUUGAGCCCACACCCUGCGCUCUCAUCACGAGUACCUUCUGAAGGAUAAUUUCAUCUGCUAUACCACAAUUGCAUUACUGAGCAUGCAAAAAGCUGAAAGCUGCCUCUGAAGGCCUAUGUUCAGGCUGAAAGCAUUUCGAAUGUAUUAGUAAGACAAAUCACACUUAGUUCGAACGUACUGUCUCUUUCAGGGACCUGUUUCCACUUGUCUAUAGAUUCUUUUUAAUCUUCCUAAGUGGUCCAGGUUGUGUCCCUGUAGGAUCAGAACAAGAGAAAGAGAAAACUUGUUGUGCAGCUUUCGGAUUAC